AAUUCGGGUACCCAUAUUAAGGGAUGCGGCAAUGACAAACUAUGUGGCUUAUGGUUUCAAAAUCAUUUGCCUGUUCCAGUGAAAGACAAAGUCAAAGUAGCGGGAUUUUCUGAGUUCGCAAAUUUACUUGCGCGAAAGGGAAGGAGAGACAAACAAAUCAUUUCAGCAUUGGCAGAGCGUUGGUGGGACACCACACAUACAUUCCAUCUGGAUGAGGUCGGGGAACUGACAAUGACCCCGAAGGACUUUAGUGCGAUCACAGGUUUACCCGUUUGUGGGAAGCCUUUAAAAUAUGACAUGGAGGCCCACAAAAAACCUAAGGAGGUAGUGAGGCUAUUUGGGACCCCCAUUGCAAGCCUGAUUAAUACCAAGAUAAAAUACAGGGACAUUGUGGAGAAGUAUAAGGGGUGGAAGCCGCAAACCGCUGUACAAGAAGACCAGUUAACUCGUGUCUUUAUUCUCGCAUUGAUUGGCAGCACUCUAUGUAAUGAUAAGAGUGACUCUGUUUAUCUAUACUACAUGCCCAGUCUUGCUAAAGUCGAUGAGAUUAAAGACUACAAUUGGGGCGGGGCUGGGUUGUCAUGCUUGUAUUUGUCGAUGGAUGCUAUUUCCAGAAGAAUAGUGUCAAGCUCAGGAGGGUAUUGGCGGGCUUGGGAGGUAUGGGCGUGUGAGUACUUGAAGCCACUUGCUUUAAGUCGACCAUGUACCGAUGAAGAUAGUCAAUGGCCGCACGCGUUACGCUAG